AUGGGGUGGAGGUGCGGGUUUGGAAAGGGGGAAAGGGGCCUACGUGGGAAACGGGGGCCCGUGGAGGCGACCCGUAAAAACCGGGGACACGUUUUGGUCCUCCUCACCACUAAGGAUGCCGAAAACACCGAAGCGCCGCUGGUUUCCGGCCCAGGGUCCGGGAGAGCCGUCGUCGUGAAGGGCGCGGGCGGCCGCGUCUCGUCUCUCUUGCACCACGCCCACGAAGAAGCCGCGUCGCUCAAUUACAAGCGUGCGCUCGCGACUUUGCUGACACCAGUUCACCACGACUCCGAUUUCAAGUAUUAUUCGCAGGCGGACGUGUUGGGCUCAUGUGAGGUCCAUUACGAAAAGAAAGGCUUAAAGACGAUGACCUGGCGUGACCUCACUCAGUGCUCGCAUUUUACGUCGGAGAUGGUUCUGGGCGCGCAUAGUCUUCCUCUUCUCCAUCUCUACAAUUUAUCACGAGUGUCGAAAGUGAGGCAGGACAUGUGCCCGCCCGCAGCCCUCCAAGUGACGCAACGUGAAAUCUCAGAGCCGUCGUUGUCAGCGUCGAUGAGAGGCUGCAGACUGUGUGCCGGGUGA